UCUAACGAUCACUAAGGCUGAAUGACAGGCUAGCUGGGCACAGCAACAUCCAAUCCCCUAUUACAUCAUGCUUUCAUUAAUUCUUUGUUUAUUUAACCGUUUGUUUAUAUGUGUGCUCACGCAUGUACGCACGCGCGCGUGUGUGUGUAUGUGUGUGUGUGUGGAUCAAAGACGCUGGGGAGGGGAGUUUAAGUCAGUAACUCAGGGAUAAAUAGAGAGGCAGAGCUCAGAGUUUGUCAGAAGACGGACCUGACAGGGUCAGACACAGGACCAAGCAGGAGCAGGACCUCAGCAUUUUUACCUUUAUUACAAAUGGAGAAACAUGAAGAUGUUCAAUACUGUUUUCAAGACAGAAACUCUUCUUGCAGAAAGGCUUUGCUAUCAACAUCUAUCUACAUAACACUGUACAUCAUCUUCUCAUUGUUUUCAGCGGUUACAGUAUUUUUGAACGUACUGGUGAUCAUCUCCAUCUCUCACUUCAAGCAGCUCCACACUUCAACCAACCUGCUCAUCCUCUCUCUGGCUGCAUCAGAUCUCCUGGUGGGAUUGAUUGUGAUACCAGUAAUGACUGUAGCAAUAAUGGAACCAUGCUGGGGUUUUGGGGAAUAUUUCUGUGCGUUUCAUGCCUACAUCUCCUUUUUAUGUACUUCUUUAUCUCUGGGUAAUUGGUCUUGAUAUUUGGUCUUGAUAUCUAUUGACCGCUAUGUUGCUGUGUAUGAUCCCUUAUUGUACCACUCUAAAAUAACAAUAACAAGAAUGAUGUGUUGUAUAUCCAUUACCUGGUGUUGUUGUAUCAUAUACCGUGCUGCUAUUAUAAAAAUGUUUGUAAAUGUACAAGUACGAAGUAGGUGUUUGAAAGAAUGUUUUACUGUUGAAAUAACCUGGGGUAAUAUCAUCGACCUUGUAAUUACAAUGGUUGUCCCGUGUUCUAUUAUUAUAACACUUUAUAUGAAAAUCUUUGUGGUGGCCAGAUCACAGGCCAGAAAGGUAUUUUCAAAAGAGGCUGCCAGCGUGUCUGGUGUUAAAACUGCACAGGCAAAUAAGUCUGAGAGGAAAGCAGCAAAAACUCUGUCUGUUGUUGUUUUCAACUAUCUCAUUUGUUGGAUUCCAUUUCUGUUUUCUUCUUUCUUUCUCAUGUCUUUUUUAAGUGAUAAUGUAUCAUUUAUCAUCGGUCUUCUGCCUCUUGUUAAUUCUUUUAUCAAUCCAAUCAUUUAUGCUUUCUUUUAUCCAUGGUUCAAAGUGACAGCUAAACAUAUUUUAACUCUGAAACUAUGUUUGACAAACAUAAGUUUAAUAUAGUUUUGUUAUACAAUUGUUGUAAUUGCUUCAUUCAUGUAAUAAUACACUGACAUGACUAAUCUCAGUGUUGUUGUCAUAUAU